AUGUCAGAUGACGAGAUAGAUACUGAGAUAGAAGAAGGCUAUGAUGAAUUUAUCAAAGAAUAUGGAUCGAGAUAUGAAUGGGAUAAUGAAAGGAAUCCCGAUGAGUGGAGAUACUGGGAUGACCUUUUUUGCAUAAUCAAAACCUACUGGAGGACAAAGGCAGUUAGGAAUUGGAAAGAGAAAGUGCUUAAGCAAUUUGUACAUAGUCUGCCCAAUGUAAGAAAUCCAUCAUCAUUAUUUCAUGUAUUUAUACAUUCCGAUGCUUUCUAUCUUUCACAUAUUUUGAGUCUGAUAGAAUUGUCAUAUUAUCCGCAUAAACUUCGAUGGGAAAUAUGGCCGGAAGGUAUUGAGAAGUUCUAA